CGUAGAUCCUGGACAAAGGCCGGAGAAAGUCUCCAGCCUGAGCCAGGAUCUGGAACAGCGGAAGUGAUGGCGAAGGUGACGCUUAGGUCCUCUUGGCUGAGGUCUGUGGUAGUGGGGGUAGGAUGGCCGUGUUUCCCUCAGUCAGCAAGUGUCACCAAGUACCCUUUGGACAUGGGUAGUAGGGCGGUGGAAAGAAUAUGGAAAAGAGAUGGCACUCCAUCCACCGAAAGUGCUAACUGUAGAGACUGGGGUGUUUCGGGGAGGAUGAUUUGCAGAAUGUGGGAGGUGGAUGCCUCUGAGUCAGUCCCGUUAGGCUGAUGGGAAAGGCACCUCAGUGCUAAGACGAACCUUCUGUGAUUAUCUCAGCCUUGCUGGGGAGGACGUUGAAGAAAAAAAAUAAUUCCUUGUUUGUGAAGCUCUUUCCUUUUCAAAGAAUUUUCCUAUUGCUCUUGUUUUGUUCUCAUAUUGUCCUCCAUGAUACGUUUUUGAGUCAGGCCACAGCAGGACUAUUCCUCACAUCUCUCAGAUGGCGGGGGUGAAGCACUGAGAGUAUAAAUAACCCCUGGAGCUAGGCCUCUGGACCAGGCAUGGAGCUCUAAGGUCCCUGGUUCCCCUGCUCCAGGCCCCUCCCCCUGGUUUCUCAGACGGCCAAAUCUGCCCACCCCUUCCACAUCUGAGGGGCCAGCAAAGGGACCCAGACUCCAGUAAUGCGUGUGUGGUCUGUUCCCGGCAACGUGGAGCAAGUUGCGCUGGAAACUGCCCUAGCUGCUGCAUGAACAGACACCCAAUCCUUCAGCUCUGCCCAACCAGGCAGACUCGGGGCAAGACCUGGGUCUGCUUUUGUGCAUAUCCUGGAAGCUGGCACAGAGUAGGCCUAAACAGAUGUUGCUAAAUUGCACUGAAUUCAUCUGGGGUGUGUCUCCCUUGGGCUCUGAGCUGCCAGGGCCAUGUGCUGGGUAGAGCUUCGGGGAGAGAGGUUGAGCUGCCUGAAGGACUUGCUUGGAUCCUAGAAAUUAGAAUGACACUUUACAACUAGCCCAUCUCAUCUGAUUACCUCCCUGCCACCUCUUCAAGGAGAAGGGAGAGGCAGGUGCUAUUCCUUCCACUUUAUCUGGUUGCAAGCUGGGGCUCAGAAGUGAUUUGACAGAUCUCUCAUCAUGUAGGAAUGGGGCAGGACCCAAGCCCAAGUCUUCAGACUCCAAUUCCUGUGUUCGUCUCGUGGUAUCUUGACUAUAGGUAGUCAGGAUUCUGGGCAGGAGGAGGAUGAGAGAACGAGUGAGAUAUUCAUCAAAAGCUGCCUGACACCUUUGUCACCGAUCAGGGGUCUUUAAGAGUUAAUAAACCAGAAGUGGGGAGGGGGCGGUUGCAGACACAGUCUCUGAAGAGCUUUUGUGAGGUUCCUCUGGACUGGAGCUGUCACCCCAGCGGAGGUGUAGCAGGCUCCAUCGAUUUCCUGUCUCACCAAUUCAGAACAUCCCUGGAAGUUCCCCCACAGCUUUGUUUUCUCUCAAGGAGAAAGUCCUCUCCCCCAGACCAAGAAUGGCUUAUUCAGAGGAGCAAGGAGGCCUCCCCUGUGGUUUCUUCCGCCAGAAUUCCGGCAACUCCAUUUCCUUGGACUUUGAGCCCAAUGCAGAGUACCGGUUCGUGGAGCAGCUGGAAGAGCGAUACAAAUGUGCCUCCUGCCACUCGGUGCUUCACAACCCCCACCAGACGGGCUGCGGGCACCGCUUCUGCCAGCACUGCAUUCUGUCCCUGAGAGAAUUAAACACAGUGCCAAUCUGCCCUGUAGAUAAGGAGGUCAUCAAAUCUCAGGAGGUGUUUAAAGACAAUUGCUGCAAAAGGGAAGUCCUCAAUUUGUACGUAUAUUGCAAAAAUGCUCCCGGAUGUAAUGCCAAGAUUAUUCUGGGACGUUACCAGGACCAUCUUCAGCAGUGCCUAUUUCAAGCUGUGCAGUGCUCUAAUGAGAACUGUCGGGAACCAGUGCUGCGGAAGGAUCUGAAAGAGCAUUUGAGCGCGUACUGUCAGUUUCGAGAAGAAAAAUGCCUUUAUUGUAAAAAGGAUGUGGUAGUCAUCAAUCUACAGAAUCACGAGGAAAACUUGUGUCCUGAGUACCCGGUAUCUUGUCCCAACAAGUGUUUGCAGAUUAUUCCAAGAACUGAGGUGGAUGAACACCUUGCCGUAUGUCCUGAAGCCGAACAAGACUGCCCUUUCCAGCACUAUGGCUGCACUGUGAAGGAUAAGCGGGCGAGCCUGCAGGAACACGAGCAUUCCGCCUUGCGGGACCACAUGCUUUUGGUUUUAGAAAAGAACAUCCAAUUAGAAGAACAGAUUUCUGACUUAUAUAAGAGCCUAGAACAGAAAGAAAGUAAAAUCCAGCAGCUAACAGAAACUGUAAAGAAAUUCGAAAAGGAGUUCAAGCAGUUUGCACAGUUGUUUGGCAAAAAUGGAAGCUUCCUCUCAAACAUCCAGGUUCUUGCCAGUCACAUUGACAAGUCUGCUUGGCUCGAAGCUCAAGUCCGCCAGUUAUUACAAAUGGUUAACCAGCAACAAAAUAAAUUCGACCUGAGGUCUUUGACGGAAGCGAUUGAUACAGUGAAACAGAAAAUUACCCUGCUAGAAAACAAUGAUCAAAGAUUAGUUGUUUUGGAAGGAGAGACUAACAAACAUGACGCGCACAUUAAUAUUCAUAAAGCACAGCUGAAUAAAAAUGAAGAGCGAUUUAAGCUGCUAGAGGGUGCCUGCUAUAACGGAAAGCUCAUCUGGAAGGUGACGGAUUACAAGAUGAAGAAGAGGGAGGCGGUGGACGGGCACAUAGUGUCCAUCUUCAGCCAGUCCUUCUACACCAGCCGCUGCGGCUACCGGCUCUGUGCUAGAGCUUACCUGAAUGGAGACGGGUCUGGGAAAGGGACACACCUGUCCCUGUACUUUGUGGUGAUGCGAGGAGAGUUUGACUCCCUGUUGCAGUGGCCAUUCAGACAGAGGGUGACUCUGAUGCUUUUGGACCAGAGCGGCAAAAAGAACCACAUCAUGGAGACCUUCAAAGCUGACCCCAAUAGCAGCAGCUUUAAAAGACCGGAUGGGGAGAUGAACAUUGCAUCAGGCUGUCCCCGAUUUGUGGCUCAUUCCGUUUUGGAGAAUCCCAAGAACACCUACAUUAAAGAUGACACUGUGUUCUUGAAAGUGGCUGUGGAUUUAACUGACCUGGAGGAUCUCUAGUGACUGUUUAUGGGGUGAUAAAAGGACUUCUUUGGUCUGGAACCAUGGGGGAGAACACAUUGGAUUGUCAUAUUGAUCUGGAUUUAGACUCAGUGCACAUUCGUCUUUGGCUUUUGCCGUUAAUGUUUGACGUCAGUUUAAAACUUCUGAAGUGCUAUCUUUUUACAUUUUAUUCUGUCCCAGUUUGAAACUUAAUACUCUUAGAAUAUCCUCUUGUUAUUUAUAUUUUUAUAUCCCAUGAAAGAUGGUAAGUUUCUUGAAAGCAAGGGCUGAGGCUUCUCUCCUUUACCGGUGCUUAGCGCGGCCUCAGGCACUCUAUAGUACUGAUGUUAUUGUGGACAUAGAGGUAGAGAAUUCCCAACUGAAAAUGCUUUGGUAUUUUCUUGUUUGGCCUGUUGAUUCUAGACCUGACUUUAAACCUGCAAAAGCCAUCUUAUUAGAAGAUAAGCUGUUCCAGUUAAGUAGUGGGUGAUGUAAUUGUGAAGACAAUAUCCCCAGUUUGGACCAGAUUUUUUUUUUUUUUACUUAAAUACUUAAUUUGUGGAAAUUACUACACCUUUAAAUAUUGUUAUGAAAUUUACCAGCAGUUUGCAAGCACAGUUUUGGAAGGCUGCAUAAAAACUGGUGAACAGGAUAAGCAUUUUCAUUCUCCCUGCUCUGAAGUAAAGCAAAUAGUACUACAUAGUAAUAUGUAAGGAGAUCUAGCCAGCCAGCUAAAGUUCAGAUUUUAUUAGGUUCAACCAUAUGAGAAAACAAUUUUCAAAGGUCGAAAAUGGUCAAAUAUUAGCAGUAAGAGUCAACCAAAUAAAUAUAUAUACAGAUAUAUAUGUGUGUAUACAAAUAAUUUGAAGGUAUUUAGGUAAUAAUAGUAAAUUAAUGUGAGGAUGGCCAGAAUUUAGUAUAUGAUAGAGAAAAUGUCAUAAAUGGAUAAAAGGAAUUUAAAACUUAGGGAGAAAACCAUGAUAAUUACAUGUGGAUGUCAAAAGUACUCUCAUCUAAAACUGAUUGCUAAAAACAGUAUUUCCCAUUUUCUGAGAACUUUGAAUUCAUAAGUUGGUAUGAAAAUGGGCAUUUAUAUAAACUUGUAAAGUUUCUUGUUAGAAUCCUGAGUACUUUCUGAAGUACUUGCCAGGACAAGUGUCAUGGGCCAAGGGGCACCAUGGACCAGCUCACUCAGGUGAUGACCGUGCACCUUACAAUUUCUGAACAGCUAACCCUAUAGAGGAAGCAUGAUUUGUCCCUUCUGGGAAUGAUAGGAACAUUCUUAAUCUCUUCUGUGGAAUUUUCAAGAUGCUGAAGACUAUACUGCAGGAAUCAUCCCAAAGGAUUAAAUUCAAAGAAAAAGCUCUGGCACAGCUGUUGCUCAACACGCCCCCUCAGACAAACCCAGGAAGCAUUCUCUAGCCAACACGGCCAGACACAGGUGGUUCCACAUGCUUUCAAUGUUCGUAACCAUGUCCAAGAUCACUCUUUGUGCCCCUCGGGAAUGGAAGAUCAUAUUGUUCUAACUAGUAUUAAGUAGUUGAUGUGAAAAACACUUUAAAGUGAAUUUGUCAAAUACUGGUUUUGUGUUUUAACCAACUUUUAUGCAUAUAAAGUGUGUCAUGGCAUGGUUUCCUUGAGAGUUCAGAGUCCCUUCAUCAUUGAAAUAAUGUUUAAGUGAUGACAGAACAAGGAAUUCUAGAGUAAAAAGCACUCCUUUUUCAGAAAAUAAGGAUUGUGAUUUUUGUUUUAAAAAAAGUAAAUCCAAGUAAACGAUUUUUCCUCUUU